ACCGCCGUCCACCCUCGCAAAAUCUCUGAUUAACUUAACAAACAGUGAACCAAAGUCUCCUUCUCAUGGCGGCCUAUUGAUGAUUCCCCACUCAGUCACUGAAGACUCAUACCGGAAAUCAGCAUUACAUUCUUUUUCAAGCCAUGAAACUCCUACAUUCUCCAAUCUUUCGGUCAGUCUAUUCGAAAUCAUUCUCUACGUCCCGGGAAAUGGCGGUAUCCAACGAGGUCCUAAACAUCAUCGAAAGAGUGGAUCCACUGGAACCAGCACUUGACAAACUAGUUCGUUUCCUGUGUCCUAAUAUUAUAUCUUUUAUUCUUGAAGAAAAACGAAAGAAUCCUGAACUGGGUUUUCGAUUUUUCAUCUGGGCUGCAAAACGAAAGCGAUUUCAGAGCUGGGUUCCGAAAAAUUUAAUCGCGGAUAUGCUUGCACAAGAUGGUGGUUUCGAUUUAUACUGGAAUGUUCUAGAUAAACUUAAGUUUUCCGGCAUACCCAUAGCUUCUAACGCUUUUGCAGCUUUGAUUUGGGGUUAUUGGAAGGUAAAUAAGGCAGAAAAGGCUGUUGAGGCUUUUGGUAGAAUGAAAGAUUUUGAUUGUAAACCUAAUAUAUAUACCUACAAUAUGAUUCUUCAUAUUGCGGUUCAAAAAGAUGCUAUUUUGUUAGCUUUAGCGGUCUAUAAUGUGAUGUUGAAGUUGAAUUCGCAGCCCAAUAGUUCUACUUUUAGCAUUUUGAUUGAUGGGUUGUGUAAGAGUGGCAGGACUCAUGAUGCUCUCGCACUAUUUGAUGAAAUGACUGAAAGAGGUGUAUUGCCUAGUAAGGUUACCUAUACGGUUAUUUUAUCGGGGUUAUGUCAGGCUAAGAGAACUGAUGAUGCAUAUAGGCUGCUUAAUGUGAUGAAGACCAGAGGAUGUAGGCCAGAUUUUGUUACUUACAAUGCCUUGCUUAAUGGAUUUUGUAAACUAGGUAGGGUUGAUGAAACACAUGCACUUCUUAGGUCUUUCGAAAAUGAAGGUUAUCUAAUAGAUAUAAAGGGAUAUACAUGUCUGAUUGAUGGUUUUGUUAGAACCAAGAGAAUUGAUGAAGCACAAUCUGUCUUUAAAAAAUUGUUCGAAAAAAAUGUGGUUCCCGAUGUUGUAUUGUACACAACUAUGAUUCGGGGUUUAUCCGGUGCAGGUAGGGUGAAAGAGGCAUUGAGUUUGUUAAGAGAUAUGACAGGGAGAGGUGUGCAACCAGACACACAGUGUUAUAAUACUCUGAUCAAGGGCUUUUGUGAUGUGGGUAUCUUAGACCAAGCUCGUUCACUUCAGCUAGAAAUAUCAGAAAAUGAUUGCUUCCCAGACACCUAUACUUACUCUAUUGUUAUUUGUGGAAUGUGCAGAAAUGGCCUCGUGGAGGAGGCUAGGCAUAUUUUCAAUGAGAUGGAAAAGCUAGGAUGUUUUCCUUCUGUUGUAACUUUCAAUACUCUCAUUGAUGGUCUUUGUAAGGCCGGUGAGCUUGAGGAGGCUCAUCUAAUGUUUUACAAAAUGGAGAUAGGUAAAAACCCUUCAUUGUUUCUUCGUCUCUCUCAAGGUGCUGAUCGAGUCCUUGACAGUGUAAGCCUGCAAAAAAUGAUUGAGAAAUUGUGUGAAACAGGUAAGAUCCUUAAAGCUUACAAGCUUCUUAUGCAGUUGGCUGAUUGUGGAUUUGUACCAAAUAUAGUUACGUAUAAUAUUUUGAUCAAUGGAUUAUGUAAAUCAGGAAUAAUUAAUGGUGCUUUAAAGCUUUUUCAAGAGCUUCAAGUCAAGGGGCAUUUCCCCGAUUCAAUUACAUAUGGGACACUUAUUGAUGGUCUCCAAAGGGUUGACAGGGUAGAUGAAUCUUUUAAACUCUUUGACCAAAUGAGCAAGAAUGGCUGCAUGCCGAGUGCAGAGGUCUACAAGUCCCUUAUGACUUGGUCCUGUAGGAGGGGACAGAUCUCUAUUGCGUUUAGCCUUUGGUUUCAGUAUUUGAGAAACCAUGCUGUUCGAGAUGGUGAAGUGAUAGGGUUAAUUGAGAAACACUUAGAGAAAGGUGAUCUGGAAAAAGUAGUUAGAGGGUUGCUUGAGAUUGACCUAAAACGGGUAGACUUUGAUUCAUCACCUUACAACAUUUGGUUGAUUGGGAUGUGUCAGGAAUGCAAGCCAAACGAGGCUUUGAAGAUUUUUUCCUUACUUGUGGAGUUUCAUGUCAUGGUUUCAGCCCCAAGUUGUGUAAUGUUGAUUCAUAGUCUUUGUGAGGAAGGAAACUUGGAUCAAGCAGUUGAGGUCUUCCUAUAUACUUUGGAGAGAGGUGUCCGCUUGAUGCCACGAAUUUGCAACAAAUUGCUUCAGUCCCUUCUCCGUUCUCAAGAUAAAGCACAGCAUGCUUUUGGUCUCUUGGAAAGAAUGAGGUCUACGGGCUACAACUUAGAUGACUAUCUUCAUCAUGGUACAAGAUCUCUUUUUCGGCAAUGAAAUGGGAGGGGAACAGAGAAUCUAUCACAUGGAUAAUGUUGCUUCUCAGUUUUAUCAGGAGAAUCCAUCACAUUGAUAAGGUCACAUGGACAUUACCAAUGGAAAUAAAAUCUCUGGAAAUUCUUCUGUUGGGGUUCAUGGUAGCCUAUAUGCUGAUCUUAAGGACAUCCUUGAGGCAUGGAGGCUAAAGAUACCAAAUGCUGAUCUGUUUGGUAUGAUGUACAUCAAUGGAGGAAUGAAAUGUAUAAUGCUGUGAUACCCUUCGGGGUGGCCCCGUGGUUUGGGCUUGGACUUUCAUGUUGAAGGUCUCAAGUUUGAAACUCCUUGCCAGCAAAAGCAAGGGUUUGCCUUUUGGGUCGAGCACGUCGCAUUGGGCUUGCCUAGCAUGGGUAACCUCUCCUAUGUGGUUUGCGAGCUAUUGCAUAGGAGCGGGGGUUUUACGAUGUGCGCACCCAACGGGUAGCAGCUGCGGGUUUCCCUUGUCAUAAAAAAAAAAGAAAGUAUAAUGCUGUGAUUGAUGCUUUUAAGGAUUUUGGUGGUACAAAUUCACAGUUGCAUCACCUUGGAUAUCUUGACAAGGCUUGGAAUGUCAAUGAGCUUGCUCAUAUUGCUCGUAAGCAGGGUCUUUAUGAGGUGUGUCUGUCUGUGUUGGAGAAGAUGUAUGGACAUUCGACAUCUUUAACACCAAAUGCCAUUUUAUUGUUCAGACAUCUUUAACAUCAAAUGCCAGAAGUGAUGAGCGGAUCCUACAGCUUUUCCGUGUGAUGAAUCGGAUGUUUGAUAAGCACAAGGAGUCCCGGCGACGGCAC